UGUACGAAGUAGAACCGUCAGAAUUACAAGUGCAAACAUACAAAUUCACAUAUAUCAAUAUAGUCCUAAACUAGACAAUAGCCUCAAUUGCAAUUCUCCAUCGAGAUAAGCUAUAAUAGUUAUUAAUAUUUACCAGUACCCGACCCGUUGAAACAAUGUCGAGCUUCACAACCAUGCGCGCAGCUCUACGAGCUCGGUCGGGAGCUCCUCUCAUGUCAACCACGAACCGUCUAGUCGCAAGCAGACAGAUCCAUCAAUCGUCAGCGCUACGUAUGCCUUAUAAAGAUGACAUGGACCGCGAGUCCCUCAAGCCCAAGGCGCACGAGUACACGACGGGCGGUACCGACGGGGAGAUCGCUUCUAAGCAAGACGCCGCGUACAACCCGAACAAGACGGAUCCCGAAACCGAGGUGAAAGCCGCGGGCGCUGAGAGCAACGGCAACGCCUUGGACAGUAGUCCCGCGAACAAAGAUUUUGCCGAAGGUAGUCGCGGCAAGGCGGACAAGGCGGAGGACAAGACGCAUGGUAAUAAAAAGAAGGCAAGCGGCGCUGGCGAUGCGCCCAAAAAGGGUAGGACUUAAUGAGUAUCCACGGCUUGGUAGAGAAUAAAAGUCCGGGGAAAGAGAGUGAAGCUUAGUUGUACGUUUCCCACAAAUUUCGCAUUCGAGAUUAGGAGUUUGGCGGCUGGCUAUAGUGGUUGCUGGACAUCUAUG